CGGCCUUGCUGGAGUUCCGCAGGCACUUGCGGGAGCUUGUGGAAGCAGGGGAGACAUAUGAGGCGGCCCUCCUGUGGGGAUCUGUGUUGGAGGUCAAUUGCGCUCGCUGCCUUCGAGGCAGGGGUGGGUUUCGCUUCCCGUUUGUGGGCACCUAUGCUCGGCGAUCCAUUGUCGUUUCGGCCGAUAUGCCUCCGGCUCAAGCCUGGGAAAGCUACCACAGGAGCGGCGAAGACCGCCUCAACGUGGCGGAUGUAUUCGGCCUGGGCUCAGGUCUUUGGCCAACGGACUUGCUGCCGGACCACGCCAACCGCCUGCUUCGUCAUGUGGAGAGCCAGGAGCAUCCAAGGGGAGCGACCCCUUCACAGCUUUGGAAGCACUGUGGCGAGCCUGGCAGUGUGGCGAGCUACUCUGGCGGGAGCCGGCCUACUUUCCGGUUCCCUCUUGGGCGGAGGGUCGGCGUGAUGAGCGGGCGCGGGCCCACCGAGCGUUUUGGCUUUUGCUCGGGGCCUUGGAGGCGAUGGAGGGCCGCGCCGGUGCGGUGGACGCGCCCCCAGACCUCAGCCGAGACGGUGGUGGACCGUAUGGCAGCACAGGCGGUAGCUUCGUUCCGCGAGCGCCACGGCCUGCUGGAGGACAACGAUUUCGCAUAUGCAUUCUCGUCCUGGGAAGAAGCGGCAGAGAAUGCUGGACACGCGGUGGCCGAUGCCUGGUCGGAGUUGUCCCAGGACCUGGAGGACGAUGCCCUCAUGAGUCUCGUGGAUCGCGCGGUUGCAGCUGGCGCCGCGGCUCCCCCCGCCACUCAGCCCGUUGUCCGCUUGAGCAAGAUGAUGCGGAAGCGGCCAGCCAACGCCCGAGCCCGGGCCUGGGUACCCUCCUGGAGGAAGGCGAAGAGGGUCUUGUUGAUGGUCGCCUCCUCGGCUGCCGCGACCUUGUUAGCCGCCAAGACCCGCAGGUACUCCGCCAACUCGGCAGCCACUGGCCCUGAGACAUCCGGCCUCUGCCGCCGCUGGGGGGCUGCGGUGGCUGAGCCAGGCAUGAUCGAGGAGCUCGAGCAUCGGGUCACAAGGAUGUAUGAGCAGGGCGAUCCUCGUUGGUCGUGCCUCCUGGCAGACUGGCUCAUCAUGGCCGGCUGUGGAGGCUUUGCAUGGGCGGAGGCCUGGGUGGAGUUUUAUGGCUCCUUGCCGGCGACGGCGCGGAAGCACUGUGGCUUGUGCUUUGACCCAGCAGGCCGGCCUUGGCAGUUGCGCCAAGUCACGAUGCUGACGCAGGAGGUCUUCAGUGGGAUGGAGCCGCCGGUCACUACCUACUCGUGGCGGCGUGUGGCACCGUCCGUGGGUACGCUUCUCCAGUUGGAUGAGCUGAGCAUGCUGGCUCUGGGUGAUUGGCAGGACAAGGGCCGCAUACGAGAGACCGGCGCGGCGAUGCCUUUGCGCUAUAGCGGCACUCGUUAUGCUGCCAGUGUGCGGGUGAAGCACCUUGUGCUCUCGGCCACGGCUCGGUGUCUGUUCAAUGCCGCUGACCCAGGCCUGCGUGAGGAGGUCGGUGAGAAGGUGCGCCUCGACUCUACCGUCAUUUGGCGCGCCCCUGCGGGCACACCCGGCCCUGAAGCCAAGCUUGCCUUCAAGGAGACGGCCCUCCGACUCCGCCGCCAGAGUCGAGCAGUUACCGCGGGAGAGACCCGCAGGUCCCCAGAGGAGCCGGUAGUUAUGCCUGCCCAGGUGAACGGGCGAGUGUGCUCUGCUUUCCUGCGCAAUGGUAUGCGCCUUUGCCCGGCUUUUCAGUCCCAAGCCUGUCGGGCGGCCAAUUGCGCGCUGGCCCACCAGUGUGCGGCAGUGCUUCGGUCGGGGCGGGUUUGCGGCGGGAGGCAUCCAGCCCGCGAGUGCCAUGACCGUCGCUUGGUCAAGCCGGGUGAUGUGCCACCGGCCAUUACAGUGGCUCAGGAGGCUGCGGCGGGAGCGACCCGCCCACCUCUGCCACGUGUUCGGCCGCCUGCCCUGCCUGUGGUGUCCACUGAGGAGACUGACAUCGUGGAGGUCGAAGUCGAAGUGGAGGAGCCAGCGGCCACACGCCCAAAGGCGAAGCCCAAGCAGAAGGCUAUGCCCAAGAAGCGCCGGGCUUUGCCCAAGGAGGAGCCGGCCGCCGGCGAUGCCUGGCGCAACAUGGGUAACCGCCCGAGAAGGGCCGAGCCAGCCUCUUCAUCAUCCGAGCCGGCACCUCACCUGGUGGCAUCCUGGGUGGACAGGCCAAGGUCUUCCGGCUCCAGGGAAGGGGCCGCUGCAGGUGCCGAUCGUGGCCGCGGUAGGAAGAGGCCGCAUGAAGACGCGGAGUCGCGCUAUGAUCGGCUCGCGCGGGAAGGCCACCGGGUGGACCGCCGGGCGUUGGAGUUUCCAACGGAGAUUUGGCGCAGCCUGGCCGGGGGCAAGUUGUACCUGGGUGGCCUGCCCACUCGUGCGAAUCCGGCCAACUUCCCCGACAUUGCGCUCCAAGUCACGGCCAUGGCGAAGUCCCCAGCAAUCACUUCGGGCGAUCGUCGUGAUUCCGACUUCCAGUCCCUGCUGCCAUUGGUCCGGGCUACUUUGCACGAGGGCCAGAAUGUGCUUACGCACUGCAUGGCUGGGCGGCACCGUGGCGCUGCAGCCGGGACGGUCCUCCGUUCCAUCCUGAGUGGCGACAGCCUCGACAUCUCUGAGAGUUAUAUCCAGGAGCGGCGCGAGAUUGAGCUCAGCCAGAUUCGCCGCCAGAACAGGGACCUGAGUGACUGGAUGUUGCGGACAGUCCGCCUGACAAAGUUGGGUGCACCACCUCCACUUCCAGUGGCCUACACA